GGUUAACAAGAUUUGUUAACCCCUAUAUAAUAAAUUAUAAUUUCAUAAUUUUGGAAAGAUCAUCUCUCUCUCUCUCUCUCUCGUACUUGCUUCAAAGAAAACCUCACACCAACAACAACUUGAGUGCAAGGUUCUUUUAACACCUUGUUGUUAGAUAUUAUUUUGUGUGCUAAAAGCACAAAUUGUGAGUAACAAUGGCUUCAAAACGGAUUAACAAGGAAUUGAGGGACUUGCAGAAGGAUCCUCCUACUGCUUGCAGUGCAGGCCCUGCUGGUAGUGACAUGUUCCAUUGGCAAGCAACAAUUAUGGGUCCAGCAGACAGCCCAUACGCUGGGGGUGUGUUCUCUGUUAACAUACACUUUCCUCCUGAUUACCCAUUCAAGCCACCCAAGGUUUCCUUUAAGACAAAAGUUUAUCAUCCAAACAUUAACAGCAAUGGUAGUAUCUGUCUUGACAUUCUCAAGGAGCAAUGGAGCCCAGCCUUGACAAUUUCAAAGGUUUUGUUGUCGAUAUGCUCACUGUUGACAGAUCCAAACCCCAACGAUCCCCUGGUGCCUGAGAUUGCUCAUAUCUACACGACUGAUAGAGUCAGGUAUGAUGCUACUGCUCGAGCCUGGACUCAGAAAUAUGCUAUGAGCUAGAAGCUACAAGUUCUUGAUUCGCUUUCCAUUCUUGUUGGACGAUAUUGGUUACCAAUGGUGUGAUUUCAUUAUUGUCUUUUUUCGGAUAUGCACCUUAAUAAUCUUUCAGAAGUGAGAUUAUCAGGUUUUCAAGGGUUUUUUUUUUUCCUUGAAUGGCUUUUAAAUAUGUCAUGUGGGGGUGGGUGUGAUAUUCGAAUGCUGCUUUGAAUUUCUUCUUCCAAUCAAGAUCAGGCAUAAUUUGCAGGAA